ACUUUUGUUAAGGAGAGGUUUCCACGCCCUUAUAAAGAAUUGUCCGUUCUUCUCUCCAACCGACGUGGGAUCUCACACUUUAAAGUUAGUAAUCCUAUGGGACAAAAACCGGUUUCAUAAUAUAGUUGGGGGAGUAUGCUCUUGUGGAGAUUACUGAUUCUUCUGAUCCUAUUGAGUUUGGCAUCAGAGCAGCUGCUGCAAUAUUAAGAACAUCAGCAUUUCUUGUCGGCUUGGAGUCGAAACCAGUCAGGGUAUCUGCUGCUGCCUGCUGGUGGUGGUGAAAUAAUCAUCCAGUAGCUUGAGGAAAUGGACGAUACUGCUGAUGGGAACUUCAGACCUUUUAGAAGAUCAUUGCGCGGGAAAGAAGCGAACCCCAAUGCCGUCAUGGCGGGAAAAAGAAAGGGAUAAAAUCCAGCAAAUGAGAGUCUUUUUGGUGACUGAGAAUCACGAAAUCGAUCGAACAAGCAACUAUCGUCUUCUUCAUCGAAUCGUAUAUCUCCUAGGCUCUGCGAUUCUUGUCUUCUCUUGAGCUUCUACUCCGUUUGCUAUGGCGAAGAAGAAGAAAUCUAGGGUUCCGAUGGAAGAAGAGGAGGAAGAGCAAGUCGAGACUCCGAGUCAAUCUUCCACCAAUCAGAACAGCCUCUACGAGGUUCUUGGAGUGGAGAGGACAGCUUCUCAGCAGGAAAUAAAGAAGGCAUACUAUAAGUUGGCACUUCGCCUGCAUCCUGAUAAAAACCCUGGAGAUGAGGAAGCCAAAGAGAAAUUUCAGCAGUUGCAGAAAGUUAUGUCGAUUCUUGGGGAUGAGGAGAAGCGUGCAGUUUAUGAUCAAACUGGCUGUAUUGAUGAUGCCGAUCUUGCAGGCGAAGUUGUUCAGAAUCUUCAUGAGUUUUUCAGAACCAUGUACAAAAAGGUCACUGAAGCUGACAUAGAAGAAUUUGAAGCAAAUUACAGAGGGUCUGAGUCAGAGAAGAAAGAUUUGAUUGAUUUGUUCAAGAAAUUCAAGGGUAAUAUGAACAGGCUGUUCUGCUCAAUGCUUUGUUCAGAUCCCAAGCUUGAUUCACACCGGUUCAAGGAUAUUUUAGACGAAGAAAUUACUGCUGGAGAACUAAAAGCAACGAAAUCCUACCAGAAAUGGGCAAGGAAAAUAUCUGAAACAAAGCCACCAACCAGUCCUUUGAGGAAGAGGGUGAAAUCUCACAGAGAAUCAGAAACAGAUCUCUAUGCAGUAAUAUCUCAGAGACGGAGUGAGAGGAAAGAACGAUUUGAUUCCAUGUUCUCAUCUUUGGUAUCUAAAUAUGGUGGGGGAGGGGGAGGUGAUGCCUCAGAACCAACUGAGGAAGAAUUUGAGGCUGCCCAGAAGAAGUUAGAGAGACGAAAAUCCUCCAAAAAAUCCAAGAGGAAGUAAUAAUUCCAUCUUUGAUUUAAGUCCCCGCUCGAUAGAUUGUUUGAUUCUGUCCUACUGAAUGACUGCAGAAAUGUGAUGGCUAUGGUUUUCCAGGAUGAAGUUAUUUAUUUUGUUCUUAAUGAAUGUUCAAUGUUUCAGCCUAUCCAAGAUUAAUGUUUGGUUGGAUUCAAUAUUA